AUGUCUCUAUCUAUUCGAUCGUUGAAUAAGCCGGCUGGCAAGUCGCAUCACCGAUCCACGUAUCUUCCUGCUUUGGUCGCUGCCUCGGGUGGAUUCGUCGUAGGAUAUGAUUCCGGCGCGAUAUCAGGGAUUCUCGCCAUGCCAGCAUUUGCCGAGACUUUUUUAUACAAGGACAAUGCGUAUCGACAGGCCCUCCUGGUGGCCAUGAUGUUACUCACGGCAACCCUUGGUGGCUUAAUAUCUGGACAAUUAUGUGAUUCCAUUGGUCGUAAACGGACGAUUCUCGUCGGUACCUAUGUGUUUGCACUGGGAGCUCUUUUUGAAACCAUUGGUGUACACUUUGCCAUGCUGAUUAUUGGCCGCUUGCUCGUGGGGUUUGGCGAAGGGUUUCUCACCAAUGCGAUUCCUCUUUAUCACUCUGAAAUUGCUCCUCCUGAGAUCCGUGGUCGUCUGAUUAGUUUGUACAGCUGCACAUGCUCCUUGGGGACGAUUGUUGGUUACUUUGUCAAUUUUGGGACAAGUCAUUUCCAAUCGUCGUGGUGCUGGCGAACCCCUUUCCUUAUCCAACUCGUCAUUUGCAUCUUACUCUCUUUCACAUGGUUCUUGCCCUUUUCCCCUCGCUGGCUGAUCGACAAGGGUCGAACCGACGAAGCGUUGCAAGUGAUUGCUCAAUUGCACGGCACCACUAUCUCGGAUCCCGAUGUGCUAAGCGAAUUUGAAACGAUUGUGGCCGAAAAUCAUUUCGAACAAAGCCUCGGCGAGCGUACGUGGAAGGAACUCUUUCAAGGCACCAACCUCAAGCGGACGUUGUUUGCCCUGUUUACGGGCAACGGCGCGGCGUUCACAGGCACCGAUGCCAUCUCGUACUAUGCUCCCCAGAUUUUCAAGCAAGCCGGCCUUCAGGAUACCGCUCUCUCUUUGGCCACCAGUGGAGCUAGUCAUGCCCUUUCGUUGGUCGUCAAUGUUCUGGCCAUGCUAUUGAUCGAUCGCAUCGGUCGUCGUCUGGUGUUUGCUAGUGGCGCUUUCCUCAUGGGCGCUUCCAUGUAUAUUGUGGGUGCCUUGUUCAUGGCGUGUUUUGAACUGGACCCUACAGGAAACGUGGAACUGUUGAAUCCUUCGGCGCGCAAUUCGGUCAUUGCUUUUAUCUUUAUCUUCCAAGCCGCCUAUGCUUACAGCUGGGGUCCCGUCGCGUACAUCUAUCCUGCGGAAAUCCUCAAUAUGCGGUGUCGUGCCAAAGGUCUAGCCCUCGCUUAUGGUCUCAAUUGGACGGUGGGUAUUUUCAUGACGUUUGUGAUGCCCAUUUUCAUGGAUAACACUAUCUACGGUGGCUACUACUUCUUUGGUGGAACCUGCACGCUUCUUCUGAUCGGGUGCUACUUCUUACCGGAGACCAAAGGUUACAGCUUGGAAGAAAUCGACCAGAUUUUCAAUCCGCAUUCAUUGGAAUAA